AUGCUUGGUCGUUCACAACGCAAGAGAAAGGCUGAUGACAUUGAAGAUGUCAUCAAGUCAUUGGCUACAGAAGCAAGCGAGAAUGGUAUCGAUUGGAGUAACAUUGGUCCCGAAUACUUCAGUAAUUGGUUGGAAACGUUUGCCCGGGCACACGGUGUAGUCAAAGAGUUGAUGUUUUUCUCAAUCCUUCCUAGAGUAGCCGGCCUUUUAGGAGCUAAGACACGAAUGAAGUUAUCGGAAGGACAUCAUGAAGGUACGGGCUGUUUUGUUUUAUGUUUGGCUCCUCCUGAUGCUGCCAAGUCCCCGGCUAAUAACCAUGGAGGAAAAUUUCCACUGGCAUUCGUCGAGCGCGAGAACAAUGUGACACUAUCGCUUGACAAAUUCACCGAAGUUGGUUUACGGCAACAUCUUAUCGAGAAUGACGGUACGGCAGUAAUUGUAAAGGAUGAAAUGUACCAAACCAUUCGCCAAAUAUUGACCGAAAAGGAGAUGGGUACGCUGUGCAGACUAUAUGAUGGGGAUUCUCUAUUUGUGACAACUGGAUCUAACACAAAACCGAUUGGAGUUGAUAAAACCAGCGUUGCUCUAGGCGGAUUUAUACAGGUAGGUUAAAUUUUUAGAAAAUGCACAAAGUUACAUCUAUAUAUGGACUAUGACUAUCAUAUGCAUCUGGCUCGAUAUUGGUUUAUUUUAGGUUUCUCUGUAGCCUAGCUCUGUACUGAGAGAUGCAUGUAGCCGUGUUUUGUCCAUAUAUAGCCUAUACGGCUAUAGCUAGACCCUUGAAUAUGCACAAAAGUCAAAAUGGUGUACAGAUCAUCAGAUGUAUUAAUUUAUAUUAUUUUGAUUUUGAACGUACUGUCGCAGGUAAAGAAUUUCCUAACAGAUUUGUAUCCGCAAAUGUCAGCUGGCCAAGAUGGUUUUGACGCUCGAUUCAACAUGGCAAUUGUCCGACCAAAAGCUUUGACCCGCAAGGAAAGUUCCAUUUACGAGGAAGUGCUGACUAGAUCAAAUCUCCAAGACCUUAACGAUCUUUUCAACACCAUCUACCGAGACCACAACGGAGAAGACGUUGAAGUCAUCUACUGCUUGGACGAGGAAGCUCUGGCAGAAUUUGAUGAAUUUGACGAGAAAAUUUGUUCGAGGCUUAAUUCAAGUUGGCAGACGGGAAAUUUGAUGACACGAGCGACCAAAGAACGACGCCAUGUUAUUCGCUGGUCAGUAAUUUUAUACAUUCUUUAUCAAUACACAAGGAGAGCCAUUUUCAAGGCGUACGGCCCAAUAUCUAAGAGGAUUCCCAAACGAUAUGUGAAGUAUGCUAUCAAGUUGAACGAGUACUUCCAAAAGCAGAAGGAAAUUAUAGAAAAG